GCCGAGGAGGCAGCAGGUGAAUCAUUUACAGCUUUCUACUUUUUACCGUCCCACCUGUUUAACAGUCAAUAAACUGAAAUAUACAGUGAGCAGAGAUGUUUCCCUGCAUAUGACCGAUUCCGCUUUCCAAAUAAAAAUAAUAAUAUAAGCUCAGAGUGGACAAAAAGAGGAAACCACGCCGCGGGAGCCUGGACUUAGCAGGUCAGUUGUUGUGAGAGGAGCAACCUCGGAGUUGGAGCCAUGUUGUCGGCAGAGGAGAUUCUGAGCAACACGCAGCAGGUGAUCGCUGGGCUGGAGGCGCUGAGAGGAGAGAACCGCAGUCUGCUGGAGAACCUGCAUGAGGCAAUGGAGAGACGGCCGGCGCCAGAGAGUGGCAGCGUGGAGCAGGAGAAGAGCGACAUCAUCCGCCAAUCACUGGAGAGCAUAGAGCUGGGCCUGAGCGAGGCACAGGUGAUGAUGGCAUUGUCGGCUCAUCUGGGUUCACUGGAGGCGGAGAAACAGAAGCUGCGUGCUCAGGUGCGUCGUCUCUGUCAGGAGAAUCAGUGGUUGAGGGACGAGCUGGCAGGCGCUCAGCAGCGACUGCAGGACAGGGAGCAGGAGGUGGUCACACUGGAGGAGCAGAACAGACACCUGCAGUUCAUGUCGUCCAUACGCAAAUACGACAUGGAGGAGCCACAGCUG